GGGCAAGGAGAGGAGGCCAAUGGGCCGUUCCCUCGCUCUGAAAUCGGAUUGGUGUGAGCUGUCUGUCGGGUUGAAAUGACAUCACGCUAACCUGUGUCAAGUCCGUCCGUGCACAGACAGUGUAGUGUGUAGGAAGGAUAAGGAAGUGCAUUGAUCAAUGUGAAAUAAGGUGUGGUCACCGAGUUAUAGGUGUUGCAAGCUGUUCAUCUUCUGUCGGUAGCAAGGUGAGCCAUGCUCCGACUCCUCAAUCGCCAGCGUGGCCGGGUGGGGGACGGCAUGUACAGCCAGCUACGGUCCCACCACUGUAAGAGUGUGAUGGCUAUCCGGCGAGAGGACAUCAAUGUGUGGGAGAGGCGCGCCCCCCUUGCACCCAGGCACAUCAAGGAGAUCACACAGGCCGGCCACAAGGUCCUUGUACAGCCCUCUAACCGCAGAGCAAUCCACGAGAGAUACUAUGAAAAGGCUGGUGCCGUUAUUCAAGAGGACAUCUCUGAGGCUUCGCUGAUCAUUGGUGUGAAGAGGCCACCGGAGAGGAGAGUGAUCCCCAGGAAAACCUACGCCUUUUUCUCUCACACCAUCAAAGCACAGGAAGCCAAUAUGGGACUAUUGGACGACAUUCUCAAAAAGGAAGUGCGCCUCAUAGACUACGAGAAAAUGGUAGACGCCAACGGCUUUCGCAUCGUGGCCUUCGGCCAGUGGGCGGGUGUGGCAGGAAUGAUUAAUAUUCUGCAUGGAUUGGGCCUUCGUUUUCUUGCCUUGGGCCACCACACUCCAUUUAUGCACAUCGGCAUGGCGCACAACUACAGGAAUGUCAGCCAGGCAGUACAGGCAGUGAGGGAUUGUGGGUACGAGGUCUCCCUGGGGCUGAUGCCCAAGUCCAUCGGACCACUUACCUUUGUGUUCACUGGAACCGGCAAUGUUUCCAAGGGUGCCCAAGAGAUAAUCAAUGAGCUCCCAUGUGAAUUUGUGGAGCCCCAUGAACUUGAAGAGGUCUCCAAAUCUGGAGACAUGGCCAAAGUGUACGCCACAGUUCUGAGCCGACAUCACCACUUGGUGAGGAAGAGCGAUAGUGUGUAUGACCCAUUGGAGUACGAGAUUCACCCAGAGCUCUACACCUCCCACUUCAGACAGAGUAUUGCCCCUUACACCACCUGCCUGAUAAAUGGGAUAUACUGGGACCCCCACACCCCCCGCCUGCUGAGGCGACGGGAUGCCCAGAAGCUGAUGCGCCCGGUCGAAUUUUCCGCCGGUGUCACUGAAGGGUCGCCUGCCCUGCCUCAUCGGCUCAUGGCGAUCUGUGACAUUUCGGCUGACAUGGGGGGCUCCAUCGAGUUCAUGACAGAGUGCACCACCAUAGAUAAGCCAUUCUGUAUUUAUGACGCCGACCAGCACAUAGAUCAUGACAGUGUGGAGGGCACUGGCAUUCUAAUGUGCUCUAUCGAUAACCUUCCUGCCCAGCUCCCCAUUGAAGCCACAGAGUAUUUUGGAGACCGCCUGUGCCCCUACAUCUGGGAGAUGCUGUCCUCUGACUCCACUCGGCCGUUGGACCAGGAGGACUUUAGCCCGCAAGUCAGAGACGCUGUGAUUACAUCGAAUGGAAAGCUCACUCCAAAGUUUGAAUAUAUUCACAAACUUCGAGAACAAAGAGAGCGAGCGCAGAUCCUAAAGAUGAGCGGGAGGAAGCGUGUUCUGCUGCUGGGGUCCGGCUAUGUGUCGGGCCCCGUCAUCGAGUAUCUGACCAGGGACACUGGCACCCAGGUGACCGUAGCAUCGGUGAUGUUGAACCAGGCAGAGGAGUUGGCCAAAAAAUACCCCAACACUAUACCCAUCAUGCUAGAUGUCACCAGCCAGGAGGGACACCUGGAAUCUCUGGUGAAGGACCACGACCUGGUCAUCAGCUUGUUGCCUUAUAGCUUCCACCCCAUGGUAGCCAAACACUGCAUCAGUCAGAAAGUGAACAUGGUGACAGCCAGCUAUCUCAGCCCAGCCAUGAAGGAACUGCAGCAGAGUGUGGAGGAGGCUGGCAUCACCAUAGUGAACGAAGUGGGGCUGGAUCCUGGCAUCGACCACAUGCUGGCGAUGGACUGCAUCGACCAGGCCAAGGCAGACGGUUGUGUGGUGGAGUCCUACAGCUCCUUCUGUGGAGGCCUCCCUGCCCCUGAAUGUUCAGACAACCCACUGCGCUACAAGUUCAGCUGGAGCCCGUACGGAGUCCUGCUCAACACAAUCAGCCCUGCCAUCUUCCUCAAGGACAACAAGGUGGUUAGCAUCCCUCCGGGUGGGGCUCUUAUGGACUCUGUGGAUCCGAUGGAUUUCCUUCCUGGCUUCAACCUGGAGGGCUUCCCAAACCGGGACAGCACCAAGUAUGCCGAGCCGUACGGGAUCGAGACGGCCCACACACUGAUCCGGGGAACGGUGCGCUUCAAGGGCUUCUCCAGUGCGAUGAGUGGGUUUGUGAAGUUGGGCCUGAUCAACACAGAGCCCUGCCCAGUGCUGGACCACUCUGCCCCCCCAGUGUCCUGGAAAGAGCUCCUUUGCCACGUGAUGGGACUGCAGCCGUCAGUCAGCAGCAGUAGUUUCCAGGAGGCUGUGUACGACCGGAUUGGAAGGGACGACCACAGAAUGGAGUCGCUUAAGUGGUUUGGAAUGCUGAGUGGUGAACCGGUGCCUCGUGCAGACUCCAUUCUGGAUGCUGUGACAAAGCAUUUGGAGGCCAAGCUAUCCUAUGUGAAAGGAGAGCGGGACAUGGUAAUCAUGAGAAAUGAUGUGGGCAUCAGACACCCCACUGGAGAGCUGGAGACCAAGCACAUCAGCCUGGUUGUGUACGGGGACCCCAAUGGCUACUCCGCCAUGGCCAAGACUGUGGGCUACCCUGCUGCCAUUGCCUCCCGCAUGGUGCUGGAUGAGGAAAUUGACACAAAGGGCCUGGUGAUUCCAUUGACCAAGAACAUCUACAGUCCUGUUCUGAAGCGAUUGCAAGAGGAAGGGCUCCAGUUUACUGUAAAGAGCACAAUCUCUGAAUAGCAUCAAACUAGUCAAGAUAAUGCUGAGCAGUCCUUUCUGUUUAUCGCACAGCCAGUGAAGCCCAAAGCGAGGCAGGCCUUAACUAUGUUGAACCAAAGCAAGGUGUGAAGCUUCCUCAACACUCCUCGAAUAAUUCUCUCAGAUAUAACCAUAAAGUACCCAUGCUUAAUCGUGGAACUCUUGGCCCAUAUUAAAAAGGCAUUAUUUUCUCUCCUCUGUCACGCCUUUAGUAAAAGUAUUAAUUCCACACAGCCUCAAAUUAAGCAGUUUGAAUUCACACCAUUAAGUAAUUAACACAGCAAACCGCAGUAUUCAGUUCACAUUCAGCCACAUUCAGUUCUGAACAGUUGUUCGUCAGUAACCGAUAACGAAAAAUAAACAUUUGUGGAGGUCCAAUGUUUUUAUCCGGCCAUCUCGUCCGUCUCAUCUGCUCUUUUGUAUUGAUGCUUUCUUUCUCCAACCGUGAUGAUAUCAUCAUUAAGUGUCUAAAGUACUGUAAUCGUGUACAGUACACAUUGAGAUGAGGUUUAACUAUGUGCACAAAUUCACAAGUGUCGGUUGCACACAGUUAUAUUAAAGUUAUUUAUACUGUAUGUCGUCAAAAGUCCUGUUACAUUGAAACUAUUAACGGUUUUUGCUCAAUCUGUACUUUUGUCAGAGCUUGUCUCCUAAUCUUCUGAAAGUGAGAUUAAGGUGUCUGUAUCCCACAGGAAAUAAAUAAAUCAAUUUUA